CUUCCCUGCAAACGUUCUCCGUGCUCUACUCACACGCCAUUGCGUCUCAACUGCUCACGUGCCGAGCGCCCUAGUUGCGUCACACGCGCGCGAGUCGAACGCCAAACGUGAGCCGCAGCGCUGCGCGAGCUGAGAAAAAGAUAGCUAGAUAGAGAAAGAAACGCGCGCGCUCUCGUUCUCCUGUCUCUCUAGCUCUCUUUCGACCGACCAGCCAAUAGUUUUGUUGUCAAUGUGCAUCUCCUGAAGCUCGAGCAGUGUGUAGCGCGCGAUCUCAUCAAACCCAUUCAGUCCAACAUUCAGACGAGGCCAGAAGAAUGGACAUAAAAGACCAAGGAGCGCAAAUGGAGCCUCUUCUACCGCCGGUCCAGAGCCCUGCCAGCAGUGAAGGGAGAAAUGAUGAGGAGGCUGUUUUGGACAGAGGUGGGACUCGCUCCAUGCUCAAUACCAACUUCGAGAAAGAGGAGCUAGAAGGCCACCGCACGUUGUACAUCGGGGUGCACGUCCCGCUCGGCCGGAGGUCCCACAGGCGACACCGUCACCAUGGACACCGGCACAGGAAAAGGUCAAGAGAGAGAGACUCAGGAACUGAGGACGGCCAGGAUUCUCCCUCAUACACAGACACUCCGUCUCAGAGGGUGCAGUUUUUGCUGGGGAUGGAAGAUGAGGAUGAGGAGCACAUUCCUCACGCACUCUUUACUGAGCUGGAUGAAAUUUGUCUCCGAGAGGGAGAGGAUGCCGAGUGGAAAGAGACUGCAAGAUGGCUGAAAUUUGAGGAGGACGUGGAGGACGGAGGGGAGAGAUGGAGUAAACCCUACGUGGCCACACUGUCUCUGCACAGUCUGUUCGAACUGCGCAGCUGCAUCCUCAAUGGCAUCGUCAUGCUGGACAUGAGAGCUCACUCGCUGGAGGAGAUUGCAGACAUGGUUCUCGACCAGCAUGAGAUAUCGGUCACUAUCGGAGAGGAGGUGCGCAGGAAAAUCCGCAACGCUCUUCUCAAACAGCACCAUCACCAAAACCAGAAGAAACUAGCCAACCGCAUCCCCAUUGUCCGCUCGUUUGCUGACAUUGGAAAAAAGCAGUCAGAGCCACACUCUAUGGAUAAGAACGGUCAGAUGGUGUCUCCGCAGUCACAACCGUGCUGCCCAGAAGGCCGAGGCGAUGGCAGUCGAGAAAACAGUGCAGUGGACUUCAGUAAGAUAGACCUCCAUUUUAUGAAGAAGAUCCCACCAGGUGCCGAGGCAUCAAAUAUACUGGUUGGAGAAUUGGAGUUCCUGGAGAAGCCAGUGGUGGCGUUUGUGAGGCUUUCUCCAGCUGUGCUGCUUAAUGGCCUGGCUGAGGUCCCCAUUACCACCAGAUUUCUGUUUAUACUGCUGGGACCAAUGGGAAAAGGACCUCAGUACCACGAGAUCGGACGCUCCAUUGCCACACUAAUGACAGACGAGGUGUUCCACGACGUGGCGUAUAAGGCGAAGGACCGCAGUGACUUGGUGGCUGGAAUUGAUGAGUUUUUGGACCAGGUGACUGUGUUACCGCCAGGGGAGUGGGACCCGAGCAUCAGAAUAGAGCCACCCAAGAACGUGCCAUCUCAGGAGAAAAGAAAAAUUCCUCCUUUACCUAAUGGAGUGACCGAGCUGGGAGAGCCCGAGGAGCAUGGAGGCCAUGAAGGACCUGAAUUACAGCGCACAGGAAGGAUUUUUGGAGGAUUAAUCUUGGAUGUAAAGCGCAAAAUUGGUCAUUAUCUGUCUGAUUACACCGACGCCAUCAGCCUACAGUGUCUGGCCUCCUUCCUGUUCCUCUACUGUGCCUGCAUGUCUCCUGUGAUUACUUUCGGAGGCCUGCUGGGGGAAGCCACAGAGGGUCGAAUAAGUGCUAUCGAGUCUUUGUUCGGCGCCUCUAUGACUGGGAUAGCAUACUCUCUGUUUGCUGGGCAGCCUCUCACUAUCCUGGGCAGCACUGGUCCUGUCUUGGUAUUUGAGAAGAUCCUGUUCAAGUUUUGCAAGGAAUAUGGACUCUCCUACCUGUCAUUGCGUGUGUGUAUCGGACUGUGGACUGCUUUCUUCUGCCUGGUCCUGGUGGCCACGGAUGCCAGUUCUCUGGUGUGCUACAUCACCCGCUUCACAGAGGAGGCCUUUGCUUCACUCAUCUGCAUCAUUUUUAUCUACGAAGCUCUGGAGAAACUGGUGCACCUGGGAGAGACCUAUUCCUUCAACAUGCACAAUGACCUCAACAAGCUCACCCAGUACUCCUGUGUGUGCACAGAGCCAAGUGAUCCAAGCAACAGCACCCUGCAAUACUGGCAGGAGAAGAACAUCACUAGCUCUGAGAUCGACUGGUUAGGUCUGGAUGUCAAGAGCUGUGUGGACCUCAGGGGUGAAUUCCAGGGCAGUGCGUGUGGCCAUCAUGGCCCCUACAUCCCAGAUGUUUUGUUCUGGUCUGUUGUUCUCUUCUUCUCCACCGUCGCCAUGUCUUCAUUCCUCAAGGAGUUCAAAUUUAGCCGCUACUUCCCCACCAAGGUGAGGGCAAUCAUCAGCGACUUUGCAGUCUUCAUCACUAUCGCUACCAUGGUGGGGAUCGACUUUGCUCUGGGGGUUCCGUCUCCCAAACUGCAGGUUCCUAAUGAAUUCAAACCGACCAGAGAUGACCGCGGCUGGAUCGUCAGUCCUCUGGGACCGAACCCUUGGUGGACAAUCCCCAUUGCCUUUAUCCCAGCAUUGCUUUGUACCAUCCUUAUCUUCAUGGAUCAACAAAUCACAGCUGUCAUCAUUAACAGGAAGGAGCACAAGCUGAAGAAAGGCUGUGGCUACCACCUGGACCUGUUUGUGGUGGGCGUGAUGCUUGGAGUGUGUUCGGUUAUGGGACUGCCAUGGUUCGUGGCUGCCACCGUCCUCUCCAUUUCGCACGUGAACAGCUUGAAGCUUGAAUCGGAGUGCUCGGCACCAGGAGAGCAGCCCAAAUUCCUGGGAAUCAGAGAGCAGCGCUUUACCGGCCUUAUGAUCUUCGUCCUCAUGGGCUGCUCUGUCUUCAUGACUUCCGUCCUAAAGUUUAUCCCAAUGCCUGUUUUAUAUGGAGUUUUCUUGUACAUGGGGGCGUCAUCUCUCCGAGGCAUACAGUUCUUUGACCGUCUGAGGUUGUUUGGAAUGCCAGCCAAACACCAGCCGGACUUCAUCUACCUAAGACAUGUUCCUUUGAGGAAGGUCCACCUGUUCACCAUCAUCCAGCUAAGCUGCCUCGUCCUCCUGUGGGUCAUCAAAACCUCCAGAGCUGCCAUCGUUUUUCCUAUGAUGGUCUUGGCGUUAGUCUUCAUCCGUAAGCUGCUGGACUUCAUUUUUACGAAGAGGGAACUCAGUUGGCUCGAUGACCUCAUGCCUGAGAGCAAGAAGAAGAAAUUGGAGGACGCACAGAACGAGGAGACCCACAGUGUGAUGAUGGAGGAUGAGGGAAUUGUCCAGGUGCCACUUGAAGGAAAUUACAAGGAUGAUCCGUCCACAGUCAACAUUUCAGAUGAAAUGACAAAGACCUCUUUUGGAAAUACCUGGAAAAGCCUCAGUACGGAGAGCAGCAAAAAUGAUAAAAGUGCAAAAAGCGCUCCAGAGAAAGACGUCAGGAAGAAAAUAGGAGACUGGAACAUUGACCGAGAGACGAGUUUGUGACACUUUUGUUUUGUUUUUAAAGAACAUAAGUAUUGUGCCACCAUACAACACUCAUGUGUGUUUCACUGUAGCUCACUGUGUGUGUGUAACACUGUUCUCACAUUCCAUUUGACAGUGUAUGUGUGUGUGUGUGUGUGUGUGUGGCUGAAUGCCUGGAAAUACGUGUGUUUGUAAAGGAGAAAGCUUUGCGUGAGACCCUUUUACAGGCGAAAUAUACUGACUUUUAGGAGUUUUACAUUUGAAGCUGCUUCGGUUUGAACCCCAGAAGUAUUUUUUAUGUUUUUGUAUUUUUGACAGUAGCUUUAACCUUUUCGAAUAUCCUUGUCAUACAGUAUGAAAGAGAUCUACGAAAGGAAAACGGUCAGGUGACAAAUUGUGUGGGGGGAAAAAAAACGAUGGCGGUCGGACUUCUGAUUGGGAUUGAAAUCCGAGCGAGUUGCCGAUGCCUUUAACGAGGCCCUUAACGCGCAACUGCUCAGUCGUAUAACGACGAGCGAUCGCUUUGGAUGAAGACGUCGUCUGCCAAAUGCUGCCACGUACAGUAACGUUAAUGGUGUUUGGUCGUGUUGAACCGUCAAUGUACCUUCAGAUUGUGUUUACAAACAUCUCUGGAAUUUUACAGAAAGGAGAAACUACCAUUUUAAUAAAAGAUAUAAUACCCGUAAUAGGUGUUUUGACGAUGGUGGUGGUUCAGAGUGUUUCGCAUUUGACUUUGACUUAUGGUCCAAAGCCAUAGACUUUUUCAGCUGAGAAAUUUUUCAUCCCACGAUAAAGCAGCUCAUUUUUUCAUCAUUACCAGCAGAAUUUAUUUCCCACCUUUAAUUUGUCACCUGUCUGUACAUACUACUGUGACUGUGGACAUCAAUCUUGAUAUAUAUAUAAAACAUUAAGUUCAAUUCAUAUUUUCUGACUCCUGACAGCCAAAAUGAUCUCUCUACGAUAUAUAUCAUAGUAGUCCAUGUGAAUAGCUGUACAUAAAUGUCCGUCUGAGCGCGUGAGCUAUUUCAUUCAGCAUACUUUCUACACACUUUGUAUGUUAAUGCUAACUGCAUUUGUUUGUACAAAAAAAAAAAAAUCAAAAAGAAAAAAAAAGACCACUAUUUUUUAAGCAUCGUUUUACGAACCAUUUUAUCUUGUAUAGUGUUUUUUUUCCUUCAUAGAUUUACUAUUCACAAAUUUUGAACAUAAAAUCUUUUUAGCCAACAUCCUGCAUAAGAUCGCAAAUACCGAGUAUUAUAUAUUUAGCUUAAAAAAAACACGUAUUUCGUAAUACACGUGUUUAUACGUAUUCACUCGUGCGUGCAGGAGAAACACUGACGAGAGAUGAGAUGCAAUAAUCCUUAAUAAGAGGGGCAUUAUAUCACGAGAAGAAAAAAACGGUCGUGUGUGUUGUUUGUGUAAUAUGUAAAAAAAAAUGGAUGGAUAAAUAAAUCAUUUUAAGAGCGUUUAUUUCACGUGUAGAUGUGGGAAGGAAAAAAACGGAUGUGGUCGUGAGGUAACGUUUCCAUGGUGACGUCAUCGGUUCUGUAACGUCUUUGUCGCCGUUAUAUUGAUGUAUUUAUUCAGCUACUUUUUGUUGGUGUAAAUAUUGCACUUCUUUAAAAAAAUCGUUGAUGGUGUUGAAGGAUGGCCAGGCGACGUUUUCUUAUAUAAGAUAUACGAUAUACGGCGCAUAAUCGUAUUGUUAGGUCAAUAAAGGGAAAUGGCGUACGGGGAGGGGGUUCUUUUCUCUGACGCACCGCUGAUGUGUAAACACUGUAUCAUCUGAACACAUUAAAAUGAUGUACAAUCUAAA